AUGGAAAAUCAGAACAAUGUCUCAGAAUUCAUCCUUUGGGGAUUUUAUUAUAAUGAGAACAUGCGAAUAGUUUGCUUUGUACUCUUCUUAGUCUGUUAUGUUGCUCUGUUGGUAGGAAACCUUCUGAUUCUUGUCUCCAUUCGAUGCAGUUCUCUUUUUCACCAACCAAUGUACUAUUUUCUCAGUCACUUAUCCUUUAUGGACAUCUGCUAUACCUCCUGUGUGACACCCAAACUGAUAAGUGACUUGUUAGUGAAAAGAAAUACCAUCUCCUAUGGUAACUGCAUGCUACAGGUCUCUGCUAUACACUUCUUUGGAAGUAUUGAGGUCUUCAUCCUGACAGUCAUGGCCUUUGACCGCUAUGUUGCCAUCUGCAAGCCUCUCCACUAUAUGAGUAUCAUGAACAAGAAAAAGUGCAAUCUUUUAAUCUUAAUUGCUUGGGCUGGUGGGGCUGUCCACUCCUUUCCUCAAUUCUCUUUGGCAAUCAAGUUGCCCUUCUGUGGUCCUAAUGAAAUUGAUCACUAUUUUUGUGAUAUUUUUCCUUUGCUGAAAGUUGCCUGUACUGAUACCUAUAUCGCUGGUGUCCUUGUGGUUGCCAAUUCGGGAAUGGUCACCUUAGUGACGUUUGUGGUUUUAUUUUUUUCUUAUGUCGUUAUAUUAUUCACUUUAAGACAUCACUCAGCUGAAGGAAGGCGCAAAGCCCUCUCCACCUGUGGCGCUCACAUCACUGUGAUAGUUUUAUUUUUUGGACCUUCGAUCUUUGCCUAUCUUCGACCUCCCACCACUUUCCCUGAGGACAAAGUAUUUGCACUGUUUUACACCAUCAUUGCUCCUAUGUUUAAUCCCUUAAUCUAUACGCUGAGAAAUUCAGAAAUGAAAAACGCCAUGAGAAAAGUAUGGUGUCAAAUAUCAUAG